CGCUACUUUGAAAACUGUUUCUUGGUUGUGUAUGAACAUUAUAGACGAGGACCAUCUUGAUUCGCAGCAUGUUGAAGGAACGCGGAAAGCGGAGCCAUUGUGUGUGACAUUUGGUUAAUGUAGUAUUACGAAAAAGUCUAUGUUUACGCUGUCGGUUGAUCGAAACUGCGGAUUUGAGAGCAGACAUGAUGCGAAGGACUGGAAUCCGAGGUUGCCUUGGCUUGGGAACUAUACUGUAUGUUACGGCAUGUUUUAUACUGUAUCACCAUACACAGGAUCACAGCGGACAGAAAGGCUACCCAGGUCGGUCACCCUCCCAGCUGACAGGCAACUGUGCCGCUGAUCCGGUCAACCCACGACCGACAACUGUGUACGUCAAAUUGACAGAGGACGUUUUUCUCUAUUCAGCCUUCUUUGACGGAAGACUUGACAGACCGUUUAUACGUUUGUUGGGAAUUAAUAAUCGUAGGAAGAACAGAACUAAACUUUGGUGCCAUUUUGUUUCAGAUGUUGCACGUGGGGUAACGAUACAUCACGUGACCAGUGUGACUGAUUAUGAAAUGUGUGAGAGUCAUAAUUAUAAUUUUGCAGGAUGGAUAUGGUCUUGCGUUGUACCGGAAGUGUACGCCGUUCAAGGGAGACAACCGCGCCAUGUGCGUGUGGGUUUAUCAGAGGAUAUUUGGUCAGCGCCUAGUGUAGAUAUGUCUGUGCUGGGCACAGGAAGCCGAAUAAAGGAGCCACGAUUUGAUUUCACUGUUUGCGUUCCGCCAUUAUUCGGCAGUCUCACCGUUCAUGAUAUUGUUCAAUUUGUUGAAGUCUCACGUAUCCUUGGAGCUAAUCAUUUUGUUUUCUAUAAUCUCGACACUCAGCAAGAUUUGCAGGCCACUUUGAACUAUUACAAGUCAAUUGGUCUCGUGUCUGUGUAUCCAUGGAAGAUACCAUUCAAUUCAGUUACCACCAAUCGCAAACAAAACAUUUGGUAUCAUGGACAAUCCAUUGCUGCGAAUGACUGUCUGUACAGGCAUAUGUUUUCAACAAAAUACAUCAUUUUCAAUGAUCUUGACGAAUUUCUAGUUCCGCGUGACCCGGAUAUAAUGUCGUGGAAGGAUUUAACAACGAAUCUCUACACACCUGAACUGUGCGGUAUAAGUUUCGAACGAAUCCUGUUCAAUAUAAACAAGCUGUACAACGUUUCCAAACUCAGGAUGACAGUGUUUAAUGCUCUGGGGAGGCGGGCAACUCCUCCAAGACCGACUACAUCGAGGAAAGUGAUGGUUGAACCAUCAAAGGUCUUCGAGAUGGGGAUUCAUCAUGUAAGUCGGCCAUGGCCCGACGUUGCCAAAUAUCGUGUCGACCAUGUCUCCCCGGACAAAGCAUUUAUUCAUCACUAUCGACAGAAAAAAAACAUUCGCAAGGAGCGGAAGUUGAAAUUACAGCGCGAAAUGAUAAAUGACACGUUGUUGUUCGACAAAUAUGGAUCUGUUAUUUUUGAGAAAUAUAUCAAUGCAUUCAGAAAAAUUAAAAAAAUAGAGGGUAUACGAAACUUGUCAAACAACAAUCUUCCUUAAUUUGAAAAUUGAUGAUCUGUUUUCGUAAAUGUUAUCAGUGAAGUGUGAACGAUGAAUAAACGAUUCAGUCCAGCAAA